AUGAGGGCCAGCUAUCUAUUUGCAUCCUGUCACAUGCUGCCAUGACUCAAUCCAAUGUUACAGUUCUCUCAGCUAAUAUCUCUGGAGGAUAUGAAUGGGGUAAUCUGUACCGUCCAUUUUCUGUGUUCAGUGUUCUCACGCUUACUUUGCUGGCCAUGCUAGUGGUGGCCACUUUUGUAUGGAACCUUCUGGUGUUGGUGACCAUCCUGAGGGUGCGCACCUUCCAUCGUGUUCCCCACAAUCUGGUUGCCUCCAUGGCCAUCUCGGAUGUGAUGGUUGCAGGACUGGUAAUGCCCCUCAGUCUGGUUAGAGAGCUCUACGGUCGGCGUUGGAUUCUGGGUCGGGCACUAUGUCAGGUCUGGAUCUCCUGUGAUGUGCUCUGCUGCACAGCCAGUAUCUGGAAUGUGACGGCCAUUGCCCUCGAUCGCUACUGGUCCAUCACUCGCCACCUGGAGUACACGCUGAAGACACGCAAACGAAUCUCUAAUGUGAUGAUUGGCCUCACAUGGCUGCUCUCCUCUGUUAUCUCGCUUUCGCCACUCUUCGGUUGGGGUGAGACAUACUCGGAAGACAGCCUGACUUGUCAAGUAAGCCAGGAGCCCUCUUACACAGUCUUCUCCACCUUUGGAGCCUUUUACCUGCCCCUCUGCGUGGUGCUCUUUGUCUACUGGAAGAUUUACAAGGCUGCCAAGUUCCGUAUUGGCUCUCGCAAGAUCAACACCAUCACACCCAUGGCUGAGGUCAUAGAGGUAAAGGAGGCUGAACGACAACCACAGAUGGCCUUCACAGUUCGUCAUGCUACUGUAUCAUUCCAGACGGAUGGCGAGACGUGGCGAGAGCAGAAAGAGAGGAGAGCAGCACUGAUGGUGGGCAUCCUGAUAGGUGUGUUUGUUCUCUGUUGGAUUCCCUUUUUCCUUGCUGAGCUCAUCAUUCCGCUCUGUUCAUGUGACAUCCCUCCUGUCUGGAAAAGUGUCUUCCUCUGGCUGGGUUACUCAAACUCCUUCUUUAACCCACUCAUCUACACAGCCUUUAACAAGAACUACAACAACGCGUUUAGAAACCUUUUUUCCAGACAGCGAUGAGGAACAGAAAGAAGAAAGACCAGAAUGAAGACCUUUGGGUUUUAUGAGUGGAAAGUGAGAAGAACAUCAAGAGAAGCCUUCUUCUCAGUUCAGACACAGAAGAACAAGCAAUUCACUCACUCUAACCGUUGUUAAAGGAGGAAGGGGGAUUUCCAACACACAUCGGAAACCCUGCAGGUGUAGUGCAGGUGUAGUGUUGAGAUCUGUCUGUGUCUGUGUAUGGCUGCUGCUGCUGCUGAUGUCUUCAUGGUUAGACAAGUUGGCACUACCUGUUGAUUCAGCAGUACUGAUAUAAUGCACAUCUUC